AGAGUGUCAUUUCGGGCGUGGAUCGGUUAGUGCGUUUGUCGGUGGUGUUGUUAUUCAAAAAUGUAGUUAUGUCGUAAAAUGUGCGGAAAUUAUGCUAAUUUCUCUUAUCAAAGACUUCCAUAUUAUAACUUUAAGUUUAAAGUGGUUGUGUGCUGCUGAAGUGACAUAAUUAUUUGUUUACUUUAAUCAGGAUUUUUAGUUUAAGUUAACAACAUGCCCAAGCUUCAUGUACCAGCAACUCUUCUGGUGCGAGUAGUGCUGCCAAGUGCACUGCUAGUCAGUAUAGCACUACGCCCGUUCGGUUUAUCAUUUAUAUACCUCCUCCUCUACUUAAUAGCACCUCUAACACCAGUGCCAUCCACGGAAACUGUACGAGGAUGGCCGGGCAGUUUCCUUUGUUUAACCUUCGUGGUUUCAGUUCUGCUCUUACUAUUACACAUAGCAUGGCACAUAGUACUGGCCGCGUUCCCGCCCUACGGCUCGCUGCCAAACAAUAACUACCUCGUAGAAAUUAUCGGUCGGAACUUGGGACUGGUGCCCUAUGAUUUUAUAGAUCCAACAAUGGCCAUACAUUACUUGGCACCGGAGUUAUUGAUGGCUAUCGUUUCGUCGUUGGUAUACGUGUCGGUAAAAAAGUUACUGUCGGGACCAAAGACCGAAAAAAAUCCGCACUCGAAACAUCAGAAAUAUCCGCUCCUCACCAGUGCCGGCAAAUACCUAUGCCUCUUCCUAAUAAUGUUCUCCGGUAUCAUGCUCCCAAGCGUGACGUCAGGCAUCUACUUCCUCAUAUUCAUGGGCGCGGCGACGGCGUGGUCGCUGGGCCAGCCGCUAGAGCGCGGCUUCGCGGUGGUCGGCCGCUGCCUCAUGGCCAUCAUGGCGGUGCACAUAGCGGUGCUGCUCGCCUAUCAGUGCACGUGGCUGCUGGAAUUAUAUCCGCCUGAAAUGAAUUUUGCGAGGUAUUUCGGUCUAACACAAUUAGUAAACCUUACCAAGACCGAUCCUGCGAGUUUUUCGUACGAAACGACAAGCAAGUACUCCUGGGCGACUGUGGCUAGCCCAUUAGUUAUACUCUUCACUUACUACGCACUAGGAGUUGAGACACGGGAACUAGUCAAACCAAAGGGGAAAAAAAAGAGUGCCCUGACCGGAGUAGAGGCGGGUAAGCUGAAUGGCUCGCUUAUGCGGGGAGUGUCGUUCCACCGCGGCGGCACCCUCAACCCUAAGGAAAAGUGGAUGAAUGCCACUAAGACCGUCCGACUGAUCCGCAGUAUGAGCCCCAGCAAGCGGUGGCCGGCCGGGCGGUCGCGCUCAUCCAUCAGGAGGCUACAACAGGACCCAUCAGGCUCUGUGAUUAUUCCAGAUGAAGAAUCUAAUACGGAGAUGAACGAGCCAACACUGAUGGAUGAUAUAUUAGCUGCUAUAGUAGAUUUCUUCCAAGUUGUAAUCAGAUCGUCUUAUAUAGCGACGACGAUCACAAUGAUGGCGUGGAGCAUAAUGUACCACUCGUGGCUGACGUUCGUGUUCCUGAUGUGGGCCAACAUCGUGUGGCUGUGCCAGGACCAGCGCUCCUUCAUGCUGAAGACCAGCCCCGUGCUGGUGGUGUACGCCAUGCUGCUGCUGCUCGCGCAGUACAUCUACGGCAUGGACCUGACGGAAGCUGAGCUGCCUUACUCGAUCUAUAAUGAAACUGGCGUCAACUUACAACAGAUAGGCCUAAGUCCACCACCCGGGAUGCCGUUGGUGCCUCUCCUCAUCAAGUCCCUCUUCACGUGUAUGUUCUGGGUGACGCUGCGUCAGCGCGUGCAGGAGAUCAGACAGCGGCGUCAGUCCGCCGUCAUCACGGACAUGGCGGCGCCGCUGCAGCUGACGGUGUCUACUGCGGCCAGUGUAAUAGAAGCUCAGCGUGAGGAUGAACAACGUUCGCGCUUGUUGAGCAAAGCGGGGGUUUUCCUCAAGGCAGCGUGCGCUCGCUACUGGAUAUACGUAGUCGUCAUAAUGCUCUUCGUUAUCGGCAUUACGGGCACCAGGAUGACUAUCUUCCGAAUCGUCUACAUGUUCCUAUGCCUGGGAUUUAUACUGAUGUUCCAAAUGAGUUGGUACUGGUGGCGGCGGCUGAUGUAUAUCUUCUGGAUAACAGUGAUCAUAUACUCAAUGAUCAACCUCAUCCUCAUCUACAUAUAUCAAUUCGACGGCUUCCCCGAUACUAUUCAAAACUAUCUUCACAUCUCCGUACAACUGCAAAAUGACCUCGGGUUGGAGCCAUACCGUCCAGCGGACUUGUUCGUCAAGCUUCUGACACCCACUUGCUUUUUGAUAAUAACUAUAAUGCAGGUGCACUACUUCCAUAAAGACUUCAUGGCACUUUCGGAUCCAAACACUAGUACAAAUACUAAUACUGUAGUCAGAAAUGGAAAUGAGUCGAGCAGACCUAGCAACGCCGGCGCUUCAACCAUGAAAGACGAUGUGCCACCCUUGCCACUUGAAGAGGAAGCAGACAAAGUAUCCGUGACAGGUUCUAUUACCGAAGUGGAACAGUCGUUAUCUACGUAUAAUACCAGACGUAACUUGCACAGGAAACCAUCUCGUUCGCGAUCGUACGCCCCCACGAUCACGGAGCCCCACUCCACGCCGUUCCGUCAGUGGUUCGCGGAGAAGUGCGCCUCAUUCAAGGCCGGCCUGUACGUGUGGAUCGACUACCUGUUCAUGUAUAUGUACCUGCACCUCACUAAGGUUGUGUUCCUGUCGCUCACGCUGGUGUGCGUUAUGCGGGUGUGCGCUAUGCACGUACCAAUAAUGCUUAUAGUAGCACCGGCGCUACUACUCAACGCUAAGAAACAGCGCGUCAUCAUCCUCUUCAUAUCAACACUUAUCACCGUUUACUUCAUGGCGAAGAUGGUUUACCAAAUAGAAUACAUCCGGCCCGGUGUCUUUGAUGUCAACUGUACUAGCUAUGAUAAAUCAACGGAAACCACGUAUAACAACGCGGAAUGGCUCGGUUUUACUAAAAACAGGAACUUGGCGGUGCUGCUCAAAGACUACAUAGGGCUUAUAGUCGUAUUCACAUUCCAUUCUCUAGUCACUUACCGACAGCAAACAAAAAGGGAUCAAGGCUGGACAUCCAAUCAACAAGAGAAGGUUCUGUUUCCCGAGGUCACGCGCAAGGAGGCUGACAUCAAUUUGGUUUACUGCGCAAAGUAUAUGAUCAACUAUGGUUUUUACAAGUUCGGUGUUGAGGUGACCCUAAUAUGCUUAAUAGGUGUAAUAGGAUCGCGUAUGGACAUAUACGCAGUACUGUACUCCUUCUGGCUGCUACUGUUGGUGUCCCUAAAGAGACCGAGCCAAGCGCGGGUGUGGACGACUUUCACCGUAUUCAUCACGAUCCUGGUGCCUAUACAGUACAUGAUAGCGGUUGGAUUCCUGCCCCAGUUCUGCGUCACGUAUCCAUGGGGAACGGAUACUGUUAGCGACAAAGACCUCCGAACAUUCAUGUUCCUCCCAUACGCUGACAAUCCGCCGCACGCCACCAAGCUAGUGUUCGACUUCUUCUUGUUGGUGUUUGCGUCGAGACAACUUCGUGUGUUCAGAAUCGAACGCAAGGGCGAGGAGUAUCCGGGAGGGUCGAAUACCGAGGACAUAGGACAGGACUGGGAGACGCCGACCUUUGUCAACCCUGUGCCGGACUUCCUUGGCGUUGUCGGCACUUGGCUGGACGUGGUAAAGCGCAUGGUGUUCCUGGGCAUGCUGUGGGUGACUCUGGCCAUCAUGUUCCUCACGGGCACGAACCGCGUCAACCUGUUCUCCAUGGGGUACCUCAUCGGCUCGUUCAUCUUCCUGUGGCAGGGGACCGACUUCUACUUGAGACCGAAGCAGGCUAUUUUACAAUGGUGGUCAUGGCUCCUCCGCUACAACGUGUCCGUAGUGGCGAUAAAGGUGAUACUCCAAAUCCCGGGUUGCCUGUUCCGCGAGGAAACGCAACUCCACGCCUGUUGGCUGGUGCAACUGCUGGGUAUAGGCUGCGUGGACAAAUUUGCUGGCACCAUUACAAGUUUCAUUAAGAUGGAAACUUACAACAAGGACACAAAAUGCACAGUACCUCAAGAAGACAUCGGCCUGGCUUGGGACGGCGUGUGCUUUGCCUUCCUAAUAUUGCAACGGAGACUCUUCCACAGUUACUACUUCUACAGAGUUAUCGAUGAGAGCAAAGCUACCACCGUUCUAGCGUCAAGAGGAGCCGAACUUAUUGAAGAGCUGCGUCAAAAACAAAUGCACCUCCAAGAGGACCAGGAAAUCAGGAUAUUAGAAAAGAUCAAAGUAAAGAUGGAGAGAAUAAAAGCUAACCAGAAAAAGAUCCACGGGGUUAUGAACAAGGAGCCGAAACACCAUGAUCGAGAAGAGGAGGACUCGGACACGCAGCCGGGCGACACGGAGGCGGUGCCGCUGGUGCGCGGCGAUUCGGACUCGCGCGGCUUCCACACGCCCGACAGCCCCGUUUCCCCCCGCGGCUUCCACACCCCUCUCAGCGAGCCUUCCGCGCCUCCGUCGAGAGUCCACACCCCGCCCCCCGUGCCCCGCCCGCUCACGCUUCCCGCCCUGCCUCCUCCUACCAGUUCCCAAGGCGGUCCUCCGUCGCCUUCCUCCGCCUUGAUGACCGUAUCCCUAGACGCAUACUUGGAACCGCGCCGAAUUUCCUUCGAAUCCCCCCCGUCCUCCGAUCUCCUCCCCCGUGCUCAAAGCCCUGAAGAAUCCUACCCUGUCUUCUCCCCCCCUCCGAUCCGUCGCCGCUAUACAGUGGCCAGCCCGAGCCUCCUGCGCACUUCGCUCAUAUCGCAGUCGAGCCGCGCCGAGCCCAACUCUCAUCAUACGUCCGUUCGGUCGGGAGACUACUACAUGUUCGACGACUUCGAUGACACCGAGGUUGCUCUCAAGGAGGAAGAGGAAGAGUCAGACGAGGACGCGCCCAAGGAAAUGGGCCUGGGCAAGCUACUGUCGACGGCGAUCAAGACGGACUUGAAGCAGGCGGUGCGUCGCGCCUCCAUGCCGACCGUGCGCUCGCGGCGCCGCCUCUCCGCCGGGAGCAUUCCUCACUCUUACCCGCACGAGGUGCGACGGCAGCCAAGUGUUGCACAGAAGAGCGACCUAACGGACCAAGAACGCGAAGGUGAUGGUGACGCAGUUUCAGAGCUAGACGAUUUCGCACCGGAGCCUGAGAAAGAAACGAUAGUGGACAAAUGCCGGCGCUACUGCAACACAGCGUGGGUGUUCAUCUCCAGUUUCCUCGUAACUGCGACGCGGUAUAUCAUGCGGUACUCAAGGGACUACCGCUACGUCUCACGAGCUCUGUCCAUGGAGAAAAAGAUACUCAAGGAAAAAGAAGGCUUUGGCAUCGGACUUCGAGAGGGAUCGCAGAUGAUCUGGGAACCCCUUCCGGAGACCCUGGCACAUCCUGUGCACUUGGAACCGGAAACUUAUGAUAACAAUCUACUCGCCCCGGAUGUGGAAAUGGGCCGUAAGUUAAGCGAUAUAAGCGUGCCGGAGAUCCGUAUCCUGGCGCCGAGCAUGGAGCGCGGGCUGGACGCGACGCCGCCGUCGCGGCGCGCCUCGCCGCCGCUCUCUGGCACCGACAGCGACGGCGACGAUACCUCCGAACAUGAGAGCGCGUUUAGCUUGCAGAGUACAGAGAGCAAGGACCUGACGAUACUGGAAGAGCAAGAAGACUCGAUGUUCAAGCAGGGCCGCUCGCCGUUCCUGCAUCUCACGUACGCCCUGUGGUUCGCCGUCUUGGCGCACACCGACAUUGUUUGCUACAUCAUGGUUUUCAUAAACCAGAUUCAGUCGGCGACAAUUUUAUCGAUACCUUUGCCGUUGAUGGUGUUUCUGUGGGGCACCCUCACCAUACCUCGACCGACCAAGACGUUUUGGGUUACUCUCAUUGCAUAUACGGAGGUAAUCGUCCUCAUCAAGAGUAUGUUCCAAUUCGAAAUCCUACCGUGGAACCAGAAGGUUUACCCCGUCAACAUGCCGUUUACUGCCCCACGCAUCAUUGGCAUCGAACGAAAAGGCAAUUAUGCCCUCUACGACUUGCUGUUGCUACUCAUUAUAUUCUUACACAGGUUCAUGUUGAAAUCCCUUGGUCUGUGGAAGGAAUCGAGCCCUGAAAUCGACCUCCGCGAGGACACGGAGUACCCGCUCACAUCCGAAGACACGCAAAUGAUUGUAGAAGGCAAAUCGGAAGACGUCGGCAAGAAAUACGUGCAGUUGCACGAUCAAUCCGGCCCCCUUGACGAGGCAGCGGAGAGACAGAGCCAGAGGACCGGCUCGAGGAACGAUCCCGAGGACGAUCAAGAAAGGGAGCAAAUGUACCAGGAGCAGGAGGCCGGGCCGUCCAGGCCGCCCGAGGACGGCGACGACCAUUACAAAGUAAAUGACGAUGAGGAGCCAAUAAUCGCCGUAACGACGACGCUCGGCGACAAAUAUCAACAUUACCCUGAACUCAUGUGGCUGUCGGUGAAGCGCUAUAUGCGUCCGAUGAAGAGUUUCUUCCAGCGAAUGCUAGCGCCGGGCGCGCGCGUGACGGCCGACGUGUACGCCUACAUGUUCCUGUGCGACUUCUUCAACUUCCUCGUCGUCAUCUUCGGCUUCGCUGCCUUCGGGACCCACCAAGGUGACGGCGGUGUGAAAGCGUACCUAGAAGAGAACAAAGUCCCGAUCCCGUUCCUCGUGAUGUUGAUCCUCCAAUUCGCGCUAAUAGUCAUCGAUCGGGCGUUGUACCUGCGCAAGUUCAUGUUGGGCAAGAUACUGUUCCAGUACGGGCUCAUUAUAGGCGUGCACGUGUGGAUGUUCUUCGUACUGCCCUUUAUUACUGAAAGAGCAUUCAACGCGUUGCUUCCGCCUCCGAUGUGGUACAUGAUAAAGUGCGUGUACCUGCUGCUGUCCGCGCACCAGAUCCGGUGCGGGUACCCGCGCCGCAUCAUCGGCAACUUCCUUUGCAAGUCGUACGGCUUCCUCAACAUGGUCUUCUUUAAGUGUUUCAUGGCUGUGCCGUUUGUAUUCGAGUUGCGGACUUUAAUGGACUGGAUCUGGACGGACACGUCCAUGACGCUCAUGGACUGGUUAAAAAUGGAGGAUAUAUUCGCCAGCGUUUUCUUACUAAAGUGCUCCCGCUUCGUGGAAGACGAGUACCCGGCGCCGCGCGGCACGAAGCGGCCCGCCCUGUCCAAGUACCUGCUCGGCGGCACCGUGCUCGCCUUCGUUAUCGCCAUCAUCUGGUUCCCCUUGGUCUUCUUCGCUUUUGGCAACACCGUGGGACAACCCAACCCCCCGACGGACGUGACGGUCAAAAUACGAAUCGGACCGUUCCUGCCCGCGUACCAGAUGUCAGCACAAUCACACGACAUUUAUCAGUACACGGAGCAGGACUACAACCAGCUAAGCAAUAUAUAUGCCCGGGACCGUACCGCGCAAACGUUCCUCUCCAACUACAUGUACAACGACGUGGCGGUCAUCAACCUCAACCCCAACUCCACCAUGAACUGGGACAUCUCGCAGCCCGAGCUCGACCGGCUCGAGCGUGAGGCUAUCUCUAACAAUUCGCUUUUGAUCAAGUUCACGUUUACAAUAUCGCACCCGAGCAACAACGCGCAGAACCCGCCGACCAUAGAGGACAACCGCGAGAUGCCGCUGGAUGCGUUCUACGCCAACGGCACUAGGAACAAGGAGAGAGACACGCUGCUUCACCUAUUGCAGAAUAAUGCUUCUGCUGACACUUGGUUGAACGUUCCAAAACUAUUUCCCAAGUUCUUGAAAGUGUUUAACAAAGGAACCGCGAAACCGGCCUAUCAGUUGAUUCCUGGAGACCCAGAGGACGAAUCGACUCAGUAUCGCGACGUGCAGCUGAGACUGGAAAGAGAUAGGGGUACCAUGUAUUGGCGAGUACAAGAAUUUUGUAAAGAAAAGGACGAGCUGCUGAAUAUACCAAUGAACAGUUGUGACAUGCUGGUCAUGUUCACGUUCAACGACAAGCUGUUUCCCGAGACGCUCAACUUUAUAUCCGGCGGAGGGAUCAUCGGUCUGUACACAACGUUCGUGUUCCUGGCGUCUCGUCUGCUGCGCGGGUUCUUCUCCGGCAUCUACACCAAGAUCAUGUUCGACGACCUGCCCAACGCCGACAGGGUGCUGCAGCUCUGUCUGGACAUCUACUUGGUCCGAGAAGCCUUGGAACUCGCGCUCGAGGAGGACCUAUUCGCGAAACUGGUGUUCCUGUACCGGUCGCCGGAGACCAUGAUCAAGUGGAGCCGGCCCAAGGACGAGGACGCCGACGAGCAGCGCGCGCUGCCGCCGCUCCCGCGGAACUGAAGGCACGGAUAACUGACCGUUCGUUCUUAAUCCUUAUUGUAAUAGCAUUAAGGUCCAAAGCUGGUAGUAAUUGUCAAAUGUUAUCAACGUAACAUUUCGAUGAAUCUCAAUGUUAAAAAUUAUUCCCUUCUGUAUGAAAUUUGCACGUCUUGCCACAGUAGGUACUAUGGCGCCCGAAACGGCAAUACCGAUAAUACUAAAUACCGGAUUAAUGGGCAAUUUAAUUUUCACACUGACUACUAGCUUUUCUAUAAAGCGUGAGAAAACCUUUUGCAAGGAAAUUUUAUCUUGAAAUAAAGCCAGUAUCCGCAGUGUUUCGUUGAAGGUUUAGUGAUGGUCAAUUAGUGUCUCCUAAUUUGUUCUAGUCGUCCUUAUAUCAACUAACAUUUUAACUAUUACGUCCACACUUUUUAUUAUGAACAAUAUUUUAAAAAUUACAAUACGCUUAAAAGUUUCUAUAAAUUUAAUUUUACUUGACAAUGCAGUUAUGUAUUAUUACAUGUGUUUAGAUGCAUAAGUUGUACAGCGUAACUUAUAUAAGAGUAACUGCUGUACUUGACACAAUGAGUGAAUAGAUGAAACUCGAACUGUUUUAUGUCUACCUACUAUGUAAAUUCACUCUAAAUACCUACUUAGGUCGCUUUAGUUGUUGCACCCAUAAAGGUAACACAAUCUUGUUCUGGUGGUCGUUGGUUCGUGAUAGUCACUUGUUUACUAUCAAAAGAACCUAGGUAUAUUUUUUGAUUCUAAAUAAUCUCUCUUCUCUCUUCUACAUAAUUUUUCACAAGGAUUCUGUAAAAUACACAUAAGAUAGCUAUAGGUACUUACAUAAAUUAUUUUCAUGCAUUAUACUUACGAGUAGUACCUACCGCAAGAAUAAGCUCUCUGUAAAUUGCUAGUGUUUCCUUUAGCAUUUAAAAUGAUGGCGUUAACUGUAAAUUUUGUUAUUGUUAUCUUUCGCUUGUUUUGUUAUAAAUAUUGCUCACUUUUUUAUUUAUUUAUUUAUCGUACCCGUUGUAUGACAAUCUGCGGUAUUAUAUGCAACCUAAUUGCGAGACAUUCAAACUGCUGUGAAGUGUUGUGGAUGUUUUUUUGGCAUGGAAACUAGAUAGAUACCGAUUGCAAUGAGAGUCAGUUUGGUUUCGCAAUUAUGAUAUUGGAUUGGUACAGUUACUGUACAUAAGAGCAAACUACGUCUAUUUAUUAUAUUGACUAACCAAAGUAAGGGCUACCUGGAAAUAUUUCUGCUUAGCCUGUGAAAUAGAUUAUGUUAAUUCUAACAUAUUUGUAUUUUUGUUACUUGUUUCGUAUUUUAGUAUCGAUAAAUUAUGAUGAUAAAAAUCACGCACUUCCAUGAAUUAAUAUUAAUAUAUACAAAAUAUACCUCAGGAUCUUAAUUUGAUUAUAUUGCAUUUGAUACUGUACUUAUAGUAUGUAAUUAUUAUAAAUACCUUUGCGUAGAGCUAUUUUAAGCAUGGAUCCCGUAUGCCUUAUAUAUUCCAUCACAAUUAUUUAUAGUCUGUGCGGAAAGAGGAGUCGUAGAAUGUAUGAGAUCCCAUACAUUUCACGACUCUUCUCUUUCCGCACAGACUCUAUAACCGUAUGAAUGAAUCAUGUCCUAACUAUUUCAAUUGUAUUCAACUAAUAACUUUUGAGCUUAAGUUCUAGUUCCAAAUGGUUCCACGCAACGGUAGUUAUAUAGAAAUUCUAGGAGUAUUGUCCACUUUUAUAUUGUUGUGUUAAGUAAGAUGCAUUUAAAUGUUGUCGAUUUGUGAUAAUAAAACUAGAAUAAAACUUUGAAA